AUGAAGGCAACUUUUCAGUGGGGAGGUCCACAACAGAAGGCUUUCAACACUUUGAAGGAAAAGUUAAGCACUGCACCAGUUUUGGCUUUACCAAAUUUACAUCAACCAUUUGAGAUUGAGAUAGAUGGGAGUGGGUUUGCCAUGGGAGCUGUACUCAUGCAAGGAGGGGAAUUUUGGUCAUCUUUGUGGGGACUCAUGGACACCAAGCUGAAGAAGAGUACAGCCUUCCAUCCGCAGACAGACAGACAGACAGAGGUAGUCAACAGGACAGUUGUUCAUCUGCUUAGAGGUUACUGUAGCAAGCAUCCUAAGUUGUGGGAUGAGAAUCUUCAUUAUGUGCAACAUGCUUACAACCAUGCAACACGUUCUUCUACAAAGAGGUCUCCUUUUGAGACUUGCUUUGGCUACUUGCCAAAGACACCAAUGGACUUUUCUUUUGGAAAGGACGAUGUUGUAGAUGGAUGCCAUGAUGCAGAAAGGGAUUUAAAGUUCAUCCAGAACAUCCAAGCAAUCCAUUAG